AUGGCUGCUGACGUCCCAUCACAACCUGAAGAUCCAGAGGGCCAUGGAAGCUGGCUAAGCCAGCAUACCCGAUUCGUUUGUCAAGCAAAAGAAAGGGAGCCGGAUGUAUUAUUGAUCGGUGACUCAGUUCUUUCCAAUUUUCAGCACUCAUAUAGUUACAAACAAUACAUAGAACCCUUACAUUGUCUGAACUUCUCCAUACAGAACGAUCAGACACAAAACGUACUGUGGCGUAUUCUCAACGGAGAAUUAGACGAAAUUAAAGUCAAGGUCAUUGUUUUGGCCGUAGGAACCCACAACAAACAUUCCGCAAAUGAAAUAUGUGCUGGUAUUAAAAAGAUCAUUCAAGUAAUCAAAGAGAAACAACCCACGGCAUACAUUAUAGUCAUGGUAAGUCAAAAUUACACAACUUUUAACAUGUAUUUUUUGUGA